AGGUGUGACACAGGGAAGGGGGCUGAUCCUACACAGCCAGUAUCUGUGAAUCAUUCACUCUGUCACACUCUCAUGUGAGUCUCUGUAUUACACUCACACAGGCUAUGCCAGGAUCCCAGAGCAUGCAUGCUACCUGUAUGGCUGUGUAGCAGGGUGAUUACGCUUGUUGUGUAACUGGAUCUGUCUGUGGACUUGUACCUGGUGACUGGAGGGAAGACUUUGCCCUUGGUUCUGCUGGAAGCAGCAGUGGGAUCACACUUCAGCAAGGGUGUAUGUCUUGCUGACUCAUGGUUGUAGGACGCCCUGGAACACUGUUGGGCCAGACGGAGCUUCCAAUCUGCUUGGAGCCAGCCAGUCUAAACGCCAAAUCUAUGUCCCCUGAGCGCAAGGAGGAGUGUGCCUGGGAGCCUCCUGGGGAGGAGCUGGAGGGCGACUCUGUGUCCUCGGAAGGAGGCCGAGUGACGGACAGCACUGACGAUGAGGAGACCAGCAGCACAGAGAGUGCCCACACGCAGCAUGAGGAGGCAGCCGGCAAUCCGUUUCAGAGGCGGCUGGAGGCCGAGCAGAUGAAAGUGAUGAACAGAAUCUCCCAGCUGGAGCAGGAGAUCCGAGAACUGCAGCUGCAGAGGCGAGAGCUGAAAAUUGAGGUGGAGAUGGAGCUGGCCCUGCUGGAAGGGGAGCUGAGGACCGAGAGGAGGGAGAUGGAGAAAGAUGAGGACAUGAUCCGGGUCUUCCACGAGCAGCUGGGAGAGACGGAGAGGAAGUGGAAGGAGGAGAGAGACAAGGAUAAACUACAGCUGCAGAACGAGAAGAAGAAAGUGAAGGAAUUGGAGCAGAAGAUAUUGGAGUGCCGCGCACAGCUGGACAACCAGCCAGAGAGUUUGCGAGAGCAGCUUAGGAAGCAGGUUCAGGAGAUGACCGAGAUGAUGGAGAGCGCUGUGAAAUCCUUUGAAGAUUUGGAGUUCCAGCAACUGGAGAGAGAAAGCAGUCGAGAAGAGGAGAGAGAGUCCUCACUCAGACAGAUCUCACAGAACAUAUCCAAAAAGCAAAAUGAGUUGAACAAAAGGAAGGACAAAGUUCUGCGCUUGGAAGAACAGGUACGGGGCGCAGAGGAGCAGGCGCAGGACGAGAGGCUGAGAAUCCGGGAGGAGAACACACGAGUCUUCCAGUCUCUGAAUAAGGAGAAAGAUCGCUUGAUGGCCCUUAGUGCAUUGUGUGGGAAGGACUCUGACCAGCAGGACGGGAGGGAGAGCACCCCAAAAAAGGCGCUCCAGAGAACCUCUAGCCUGCCCAAAAGAAGGGGAAAUGCGCCAUUCGUCCGGCAGUCUGACCGCCCAGUAUCGCUCCACGGAAGCACGUGUUUGGAAAGUGCCGGCCUGGCACUACACCUUGCCGUGUGCUCCAGCAGCUCCGGCGGUAAGAUUGCCUUAGCCAUCAGCCCCAAUCUUCAGAUUGCUCGGAGCAGGAAUCUGCAAGGAGAGGACAGACGGUCUAGCGGUGGAAGGGUUCAGAACGGUCUUCCCAGACUACCUCUUACAUACGGACCCAUGCCUAAAAUAGCCGAGAUAGAGCGUCAGCUCCGGGAGGCCCUGGCAGAGAAGGAGCGUCUCCUGAAGGCCAGGGAGGAGAGGAGGGCAGCUAAGGAAAUGACUAGACGUCUAGAAACAGAUCAGAAUCAUGUGACAGAAGAUGGGCUUCUCUCCACCCCACCCUUUGUGCAGCCAGUCGUACCGGAGAUCACUGCCGAGCCUGUUCCCGUCCUCUCCAUGCCUUACUCGCAGCCGCCUUUUGACCUCCGAUCUUACCUGGAGGUGUCGGGACACAGUGUGGAGACCUGCCCGCACGUAAGGGUCAGCGCAGUGUGUUGCAAGGGUUACCUGGUGAAGAUGGGCGGUCGGAUAAAGACGUGGAAGAAGCGCUGGUUUGUGUUUGACAGACAGAAGCGGAGGCUGGCUUACUAUGCAGACAAAGAAGAGCAGAAGCUGAAGGGGGUGAUCUAUUUCCAGGCCAUAGAGGAGGUUUAUUAUGACCAUCUGCGCAGUGCUUUUAAGAGCCCACACCCCAAGCUAACGUUUUGUUUGAAGACCUUCGAACGGCUGUUCUGUAUGGUGGCUCCAACCCCGGAGGCCAUGAGGAUCUGGAUGGAUGUCAUGGUUACUGCAGCUGAGGAAAACUUGAAGUACUGAGGCCUUUUGUGACUUGUGCCAGGACCCUGAGAAGAAACAAGGGAGAGUGGGCACAAAGUAGAGGAACACAUUCAUUAUACAGACUUGUUAUAAAGAGAAGGAACUUGUGAGAGAAACGCGGCAGCCUGGACAGGAGAAAAAUCCAGAAAGACUCUUAUGUGCCGUAUGAAAGAAGAUGUGACGUUUUACCAGAUGUUACCUGGUGUACAUUAUUUGUUCUAUUUAGAGACUUGUAUAAAAAAAAAAAAAAUAUAUAUAUAUAUAUAUAUAUAUAUAUAUAUAUAUAUAUAUAUACACACACACACAUUUUGUUAACUGUUUAAUUCUAGAUGUUUCUAGAAAUUGUGAAAUACCACUGUUUAUAUGCUUUAUUGUAAAUAACUGCGGUUUUCUGUGCCUUUUACAUACAUACCAGGAAUCUCUGUCAGAGUAUGGGAAAGGUUAAAGUGCAACUGUCAACUACACAAAAAUGGCAGCCUCCAUUUUGCGGCGACAAGUGAACUUUAAUGUUGGAUUGUCAAAGUGACACAGCAGGAAUUAUCUGCUGGCUACUAAUAGAGGCUGUGUAACCAUCAUUGGCCAAUGGCAUUGGGAUUGGAGCAUAUAAUAGCCAUUAAGAGGAUGCUUCAAAACCAAUAAUUAUAAGCACAACAAUGGCUGGUACCUACCUUCUAGCCAACAUAGACACCGUCGCUGACUCCACAAGGCUACGUAUUGUUGGCCUCUCUGGGAGGUGGACUCUAGCUACAGCUGCAGUAAAGAAGAAACUGCACAUUUGGUGCUUUGUCCUUCUGGCUUUGGUCAUACAAUAAGCAGCAUUAUAGAUUAUGCUUUUGGGCUAGGUGCUUUGUAGUUUUGGCUGGAUUAUAACGCCCUACAAAAAGCCAGUGAGAUAAAUGCCCACCUUUCCCAUACUGGCCCAACUGCACCUUGCAGGGAGGAUAUUGACUUUGGAGAAACGUGGCUUACCUGAUGCCAUAAUGGCACGGUACUGACCAGCAAAUGUUGGAUGCAACUCCUAACAGUCCUGAUUUUGCCGGAAGAGUUCAGGAUCGCGAAUCUGAAAGGGGAUAAGGAUUAUGUGAAAAUACACAGAAUUUAAUCCAUAAGGAAGCCAUUGCGGGACAGAUCAGGGCAGGGUUGGAGCGGACCGGGGGCGGGUCCGAUUUUACAUAUUUGAGUGUCGUGGGUUAUGCUUGGAGGUGUCUCAGUAUAAGUAUAUGCUUUAUUUGUUGCAGAUCUGUAUUUUCCAACUGUGCUCACAGGCCCCAGUGAAGCCAGACAAAGGCCUAUUAAAUAACACGGUGCUGUGCUGUAGCCAUAGCAACCAAUCAGAGAAUUCCUCACAUCAGUGUAGAAGCUGAUAUCUGAUUAGUUGCUGCGGGUUGCAGCACAUUUGUGCAUCAGAUCAUGACCAUAUUUUGCAGUGAUUUAUGAUUGCAGACAGGAAACAUUGGGGAAUACGUUUUGGAUGGCUCAACCCUUACCGGCUUGUUUUUGAGGCAGGCCCGCAGGACAAUGCUUUUGUGUUUUUGUUUCCACCCCAAAAAAUAUAUCUGGUUUUAAGGUGAAUGUUUGGCCUGUGCAGAGUGAAGGCAGCCAUUUUGUAGACUGAACAAAUAGUUACAAAAUUGAAGUUCACUGGGAACUGCUAACCUCGCAUUCUGCAUCUCAUUGUAGUAAAAAAAGAUCUCCUACCUGAGGCAUAAGGCAGUUUGUACCUCAUAUAUCAGGGAUGUCACUAGUUCUUAGGGUAUGCAAAUGACAGGUUGACAGUGUCUAGAUAGACAGUCAACAGGGUCAAAGGAUAGACCACUCUUAAGGUCGACAGGUUCAAAAGGUUGACAUGACAAUGGUUGACACAAGUAUUUUUUGGGGGGUUUCACGUAUUUUUCAACUUUUGCUUGAUCUACCAUCCAUGUGGACUACGACUGGAAAUAGUAACCUUGCCCCACGAGGGUUUACAUUUGCACUGAUUGUGGAACAUAUAAAAUUACACCUAAACACGUGUCAACCAUUUCCAUGUCGACCUUUUCCAUAUUGACCUUUUGACCCUGUCGAUCAUAUGGGGUAGACCUAUUAAUUAUCUAUCUGAUUACUAUCCAUCUUCUAUACCACACCCAGGUCUUCGUUAGCUAGUUGCCUGACUAUUGGUUUUGGUCACAAAAUGGCUGCACCACUGGGUAUCUGUGGUAGGCACACAGAUUGUAUGGCGUGUAAUGAUGGCUGAUGUAAGUGAGAAAGCAGACCAUUGUACAGAUUUAUGUUUUCUGUGGCCAGUGUUGCAAGUAUAAGCCCUUCCUCUGGUCUUCUGUCACAGUGUUCAGGACUGUGUGUAUAAUUUGUAUAUUCCGGGGUAUUUUUCUCUGGUGAAGGGGGUGGGAAGGGUAUGCCUUUUAUAACAAAUGCCACCUUUAUUUUAUUUAUUAUACUUGACAAUAUAAAUAAAAAACAUGUUGAAUUA